AUGGUAGAUUCGCGAUGUCACUCCUUCGAGGAUGCCUCCUGGGCAGGCCAUCACAACAAUCCGUCUUUAGUUUCGUUGAUUUCUCAAUCCGAGUCCGCCAAGGACGAUGGAAAUGUUGGAUUAAUUGAAUUUGCAACCAUUCAUUUACCGCUCUUGGAGUCCCCGGCCGCGUCGCAGGUAUCACUGCCUCUGAAACCCAUGGCCAAAGCUCCUGCACACAUUGUUCCUCGGUUCAAAGAGAAUCAGACCACAUCCCCCGAAAGAGGUCGGGCCAGGGCGAGAGGCCUUGUGAAUGGAGAUGUAGCAAGAAGGGCGCUCGGCAGUUCCGUCUCUCCAGAUAGAUUCAUUCCCAAGCGAGCAUUCGGAGAUCUUCCGUCAACUGCCUUUCAUGUCACUAAGCACCCGGACCAACUAUCCCCUCAGGAGAAAAUUACUCGGCGGCGAUUGCCAGUUGACAGCCCUUUUUUGCCAUCCCCUGGACGCCGGCCAGCGACAGUCACUGGACCACCAAGACAGACUCCGCUCCGGCAAGGGCCACACCACCGGCCCCGUUUAGUCACUGAGUCUGGAUUUACGAGACAGGUCAGCUCGGGGGCCGUUUGGGGCGUCGGUGGAACAUCCCCGGCUGUCGGGGAUCCCCAGGUAGUCUCCAAUGGCACACGGAACAUUUCGAGCAGAGGGUCGACUGCCCCAGUUUUUGUUGCCCAAUUUCUUCCCAAGAUCACUGCGACUGAUGAGCAAGAUAAGCACGAGUCGAGAGUUGCGCUUGCGUUGGACAUUGACCCGACCUCCAGACUUCUCGGUACUUGUCAGCCGUGCCCAAGCAUCCCUCCCAGCCCGGCAUCUCCAGAUUAUGAGCGGUUUUCACCUUUUGUCUGGAAGGACUGUGCCUGGAAACGAGGCGAGAGGGAACACUGGCCGGCAAUCCCCCACAAACGAGAGGUUGUUCCGCCCAAGCCCUUUCGAAUUCUUGAUGCACCGUAUCUUCGGGACGACUUCUACUGCUCUACGCUCGCGUACUCCCUCACAGCCGGGGUUUUGGCUGUCGGCCUCGCCCAACACGUCUACCUUUGGUCUGAAAAAUAUGGGGUAGAAUACCCGCCUUUUCGGGAUAUGCACAUGUCCAACUACGUAACGUCCCUGUCUUUUUCGUCUGAAGAUGGUGCCAGAAGUAUCCUCGCAGUUGGGCGACAAUCCGGUCAGUUGUCUUUGUGGAGCACCUUCGAAACAAACAUCCGGUUUGAGCUCAGCCACCCCACGAGCAUCACCUGCGUGGCAUUCAAGCCGAGAACCUCGCGAAGACUUUCGGAGAGGUUUGCGAAUGUUGAGGUCGAGGCAGAGGAUCUUGCUGUGGGUGAUGAGAUGGGCAAUGUCUGGUACUACUCGGUCGAGUGGCCCGACGACAAUGUCCGGAUCAAGUGGAAAUGGAAGGGCUCCAUGACGCUGCUAGCCAAGAUUUCAGCGCACACCCAACAGGUCUGUGGCUUGGCCUGGUCCCCUGACGACAGAUUCCUGGCUACAGGUGGCAACGAUAACGUAUGUCUGCUUUUUGAACUGCGUAAGAUUCUUUCGUCUCUGCGACUUGAUUACUCGACGUCGUUGGUCUCAUCAGCCGAUUCCCGCGGCAGAUUCCACGUUAACACGUUCCCCUGUUUUUCUGGGGGUACUGCUCCAAAACGACUCUUUAGCAAGCACCACGUCAGUCACCUACUUCCAUCCUGGAUCCAAUCUCCUCCCAUAAAGGCCACAACGGCCGCCCCGCUCCUGAGCCACAUGGGAACGCUUAUUUCAGGCAGCAAAAGGACAGUUAUUAUUCCGCCAGACCAUCAGAAGCACCGCUUACUGCAUGCCGCUGCAGUCAAGGCUAUCGCAUUCGCACCCUGGCAGCCAUCACUCCUCGCCACUGGAGGGGGCUCGAACGAUCGGGCGAUUCACUUUUACCACACCCGUACGGGGGCCUGUCUCGCGAGGAUCAACGUGUUUGCGCAGGUCACAAGUCUGAUCUGGAGCCAGACCCGGCGUGAGAUCGCAGCGACCUUCGGGUAUGCACAGCCAGAGCACCCGUUCCGAAUCGCCGUUUUUGCCUGGCCCAGCUGCGUCCAGGUCGCUGUGAUUCCCUGGGGACCCUAUGGAACCACCUGGGACGGGCACAGCCGCGGCCACUGUUACGACGGCGGAAGAGCCUUGUGGGCCGUGAGCUAUCCGGGCCGGCCCCCUCGCCCGAUGGAUGAGCAUGAAGAUGCCGCGCUCGAUGAGUCGGACAGUAUUCCGACCUCGGCUUCAUCAUUGUCCAGUCCUACGCAGUCGUCUGAGCGUAUCGGUGUGUCUAGCGAGCCUCAUCGCCGCCCGAGGGGACCACGAAUAGUGCGACCCAAAGAGAAGGAAGGCGGGAUGUGGUGCUCGCGGACCAUGGAGGAAGGGUGCAUCAUCGUCGCCUCGAGCGAUCAGACUGUCAAGUUCCACGAGGUAUGGACCGGCAGGCGGAAGAGCACCGGCUCUGCGUGCGGGUUGCUGGGAGGCAGUGAUAUCCUCGAAAGCCUGGAAGGCAUUGAGAAGUUUGGCAGUGAAGUCAUUCGCUAG